AUGAAAGAGAGCUCUCAGGCCAUAAAGCCGCUACUUUCGCUACCUAUUCAUCGGAUGAUGGAUGAGCUUGACAGUGAGAUUAGACUGAAAAAAUUAGAGGCCAUCAACCGACUGGAAUAUGGCGAUUAUGAUCAGUACGAGACUGCAACUGAGGACUAUGCUACCCAAGAACCCAGUGAAAGACUCUGGGUCGACAAAUAUCGCCCAAAGAUGUACACGGAUCUGAUGGGUGACGAGCGUGUAAACCGCGAGGUUUUGAGUUGGAUUAAGCAAUGGGAUCAAUGCGUUUUUGGACGUAAAUAUACCAAGUACACUCCAGAAUAUAAGCGUCAACAACAAUACCAGAAGCAGUUUAAGGAUGUAAAUCCUCUUGGUCGACCUGAUAAAAAAAUUUUGUUAUUGACAGGCCCACCCGGUCUGGGAAAGACCACGUUGGCACAUGUAAUUGCCAAACAAGCUGGGUAUAAUGUAAUUGAGGUUAAUGCAAGUGAUGACCGAACUGGAGCGUCCGUUAAAGGAAAGAUUGAGUCAGUAUUAGAGAUCCAGUCGAUCCUUGGUAGUAACAAACCUAAUUUAUUGGUUAUUGACGAGAUCGACGGCGUGUCAUCCAGCGGUGGUGAACAGAGCUUUAUUAAACUACUUGUUGAUAUUGCUUCUGUGGAAGUUGUAUCAAAGGAAGAGCGAUUAAAAUCUGCAGGAAAGAAAGGUAAAAAGUCUACCAAAAAACCAUUGAUGCGGCCCAUCAUCUGUAUUUGUAACGACCAAUAUGCGCCUGUGCUACGUCCAUUACGUGUGAUUGCACAGAUAUACCAAUUCAAGAGGCCCUCUAUUCGCAGUGUGAUCACAAGACUUCAACAGAUUUGUGAGAUUGAGCAGCUCGCCAGCGACACACGCGCAUUUGGUGCGCUCUAUGAGAUGACAGAAGGAGACAUGAGAUCCUGUUUGAAUACACUACAGUUCAUCAAAAAUAAGAGCGGAACCAGCUCUUUAGCAUCGACAUCUUCUUCUGCAACCAUUGGACACAAAGACCAGAGCAAGUCGCUUUUUUCAGUAUGGGAAGAGCUUUUCCAGGCGCCCUAUGCUCGUAAAACGAGAAGUGCCUUGAAGAUGGUUGAAGAAGAUGAUGGCAAUGCUUAUAUCAGUCGCAUGGUUGCACUUGUUCAAACAAAUGGCGAAUAUGAAAAACUGAUACAAGGUAGGUGUUUUGAGAAUUAUACGUCUAUGAUUUUCCAUGACGUGGCGAUGAACAAGGUCGUAGCCUGCGGAGAUUGGUUAGCAUUCUAUGAUCAACUCAACUCCAGGAUCUCGUCCAGUUUCGAAUAUGAAGUUGGUGGCUAUGUUCCAUAUGUGUUUGUCAACUUCCAUCGCUUCUUCGCCGGAAGUGUUCGACAAAAGGUUGAAUACCCUCGGACGGAUUAUGAGUCUUUUGUGACCCACAAAGCCAACGAGAGUAUUCUUCAGGGCAUGGUGAUCAACUUGCCCCCAAAAACGCAGCGGCACUUCCGAAUGAACAAUUUUGCAACAGAACUGCUUUCACCCUUCUUGCGCAUCCUGUCGCCGUAUUUGAGGCCAGUCAACAAACAGCUGAUCAAACCUGAGGAGCGGCAAAUCCUAAAGCGAUUAGUGGAUGUGAUGAUCCAUUUUCAAUUGACAUUUGUGCAGGAGAAGACGGAGGACGGGCAAUUUUUAUACCGCCUGGAGCCCUCAAUUGAAAAGCUUGGCGAUUUCUCUGGCAUUGGGCUCAAGAACAUACUAACGAGCCGUUACGCUGUCAGACAAUUAAUUGCUCAAGAGGUCGGGUUAUUAUUUUUUUUUUUUUUUAUUUUUUAUUUUUUUCCUUUUAUCAACUCUUUUCAUAUCAUUUGA